AGUCGCACAACAGACCUGGGAUCAGACUGUGUAUAAGCUGACCCAGCAGCUGCGUGUGUGGGCCAUAGACUGCAUAUGAAGGUGUAGACUGGUCCCAGAUCAGUGCUGCUGGAGAGUGUUUACGGACUGGGACCCGCCCCAUCACGUCAGAAGACCCGCUGAAAUUCAAAGUUGGAGGAGGAGGAGACUGGAGGUUUCUAUGUGUUUAUGUCUGUGGUCAGAACAAGAAGACCCCUCUCCUCGUCAGUCGGAACUCUCCCACAUCUCCUCAGCUCAGUAUGGAAGCUGGCGAGGAAAACAACGCAAGCAUGAAGAGACAGAGAACACCUCUGUCAGAUUCUGAAGACAAUGUCUUCUCGCCCUCAGAUAUGAAAGAUGGCCAGAAGCGGCGGCGUCUGGACGCCGCAGGUCAAGAGAACCGAAGCCCUAAACCAUCCAGCUCUGGACGACUAGCUGAGCUGGGGAUAAAGGCCGAUACACCGAUGGUUCCCUCAGUGCAGUCCCGGGUCCACCAGCUCACCCACAGAAGAGAGGAAGCUCCAACGGCCCAGAGGUGCUUCUCGGAUCCUGGGGCUGGCAGCCCAGCAGCCAACAUCCAUGACAAGGGCUUCAGGGAGCAUCUCCUUGGUCAGGGAGAGUUCAGUCAGCGAGUGGAGCGGUUUAAAGUGCCAGUUCUCCAGAUUGGCCUCACACCGAGCCCUUCCAGCCUGAGCUCUCGAACCCGAUCCAACUUAGUAUCUGACAUCCAUCAGAAACUCCAGGGCACGACGACACCCAGCUCCAAGCAGGCCUCUCGCAUUCGCCAGGAACGGGAUCAGGAAAUAAGCCAGCUACAUUUCCAACCAAUUAGUGAGAAUGCCUGGCUAAAGAGAAGCAGCUCUGAUCCCUCAUUGGCUCAACAGGGAAGGAGCACUCCUGGCCCCUCAUCUCCUUCCUCCUGGGUUCCUAGAUCUGGAAGGAGAGUUCAUUGGCCUCCCAUGCAGCCCAGGGAUCAGGAUGAGGGUAAAGCUGAGAAGAAAGAUGGCAGCUUCAGUGAAGCUCCUACAUCAGCUGCAGAGAAUCCAUCUCUAAACACAACAGGUCAAAGAUCACAUUAUGACUCUGAAGCACCAGUACCUGUAGAGCUCAAAAGCUCUAGUGAAGGGCAGCUGCAAAUUAAGGGGAAGGAAAACACUCAUCAGGGUGAAGAAGUCAUGAAAGAGAGAGACCACAAGGCUUCAGUUGGAAAUGAAGAGCAGCUUGUGUCAGAAGAAUCAAAGACUGUGUUGAAGCUGUCUUUUAGUGAGGAUCAGAGUUUCUCCAAAACAUGUUUCAGUGACGAUCCAAAAGUGUCAUGUGAUGAAGACAGGCUACUAGAAUCAACUUGUCCCCACGAGUCAAACAAUGAGAAAACCGGUGAGGUUUCCAAAGCAACUGAACAGAGCAGGAAAGAGAGUUUUUCAUUGGAAGAAGAUGAAAAGAUGGAUGAUGAUUCUUUAUAUAAUGACGAGUACAUUGAGCCCUCAACAGACGAGGAGUGUCGGUCGUGGAGAUAUCCUCAGUACAAGGUAUGCAAAGAGGAAGAGUCUGUCAUGUCUGAAGAGCUGCAGGAAGAUGUGUGUGCUGAGGAGAAGCUGGAAUUAUCUGGAUUGGAAGAGGAGAAAGGAGGCAGUGUUGCAGAUCACAGUGAUCCCUCUGAAGUCCAGGACAGUGACUGUUAUUUGGUUGAUGUCUCUUUUGAGAUGGCCAGUUCCUCUGAAUUGCAGGAAGAUGAUGAAUCUACACCAGAAGAGGACUCUGUGGCAGACCAGUGUUCUUUAAACAGAGAACAUGUGAACAUGGAGUCCGAUGAAGAAUGUAAGGAGGGAGCAGCCAGUGGAUAUACUGGUAUUUCUACCACAAUACAAGACCAGAAAGACACAGAGGAGUGUACUCAAGAGGAUGAUUUAUGUCAACAGUCAGAAGACAUCCUAACAAUCGAUAUAAAGGAAGAACAUAUGGAUCUAGAGUCAGGCCUAAAUAGCAGAGGGGAACAAAUAACAUCAUCUCCUUUUGCAGAUGUAGCUCAGAAAGAAAUACAGACAGUGUAUACAGAAUUUCAGAGAACCACUGAAGAUGCAGCACAGUCAAAAACAAAGGCCAAUGUCCAACCUGUAGACGUUGCUGCAGAUGAUCCAGCAAGUUUAACAGAGGUCCAGGUGUCAGAAUACAGUCUGAAAGAGGAAAAGGAUCCAGAAAUAGAAGAUGAAAGACAGGGUGUUCUAGAUGGGCCAGCAGAAACUCACAAGGCAGUGGGAGGAGAGAGCUUAAAGAAAGUCACAUUUAUCCUGGAGCCUGAGCUAAUCAAUGACUCAGCACUGUCUGAGGCCAGGACCUCUGAGGAGUCCAGAGCAGAGACGAGCAUGUCAGAUGCUGAGCUGAGCUCUCAUGAUGAGACCAACACCAAUGAAAUUAUCGAUCGGAUGUUCGAUGAGGUGCUGGAAUAUGCUGGAAGGAUGGAGGAAGAGAGGGGGAAUGAUGAAGAUCCUGAGUACGGUGAUAGUGGCAUUGGUGUUUGCUCUGGAGACAAAGAUAAAAUGGACACAGAGUCUAAGAAGGAGAAAAGUAAAGAGGAGGGAGAGGCCAAAGAAGAGUGUGAUGAGAGCAAGGAGCUUGAAGGCAAUGGAGAUGAGUUGCUCACUUUCCCUCCCAGUGGCAUCCUCUCUCCUCUCAGCAAGUCAGUGGAGGCUUGGGUUACCCCUCUGCGGCUGGCAACAAGCCUGGAAUCCAAUCCUCCCUCUCUGCUCCUGACUCCAGAGGAGACCCUCUCCCCUGCAGUUGACUCUGUUCCUCUGUACAGUAUUGAUGCCUACCGUACACAAAGGCAGAACAAGUUGCCCCCCAUUCAGAGCGUCACUCCCGGGGUUCAGAGACGAGCUCCAGAGAAGUCACAGCCUCAACAUUCUGUCAACACCAAGGAGAGAAUCACGGCUCUUAAUGAGGAAGCAGGCAAACUGCAGACUGUGAUCAGCCAGACCCUGCAGGCUCUGAACUGCUGUACUGAUGAGGAGCAUGGACGAGGCUCGCUGGAGGAGGCUGAAGCUGAAAAACUACUGCUGGUGUCCUGUGAGAAACGCUCUGCCCUGCUGGUGGAAGUGUCUAGACUGAGGGAGGAGAGGAACUCAGAGACUGGAGGGGCAGCAGGGGAGGACAAGGAAUAUGUUUCCCAGCAGCCCUGUAGAGGCACCGUCAGCAUCACAAACAUCCAGCUGCCGCUUAAGUUUGAAUUUGUCUGCUCCUCCCACAGCCGCACAGGUAGACCAAGUCACUUCUUUUUCAUCCUGAUCCGCUACGGGCCCUGCAACAUCAUCGCUACUCCACUGGCCACAGCUGCUGAUGCUCAGAAUGGAGACACCAUCUCCUUCCCCACCUCUGUGACACUGAAGGACAUUCGCUCAUCAUUUGAGAUUGAUGUAGAAGUCUAUAGUCUGUCCCACACUUCAGGUAGUAACUGCAGCGUGGACCGGACCACCACCAAGUCACGGGUUACACCUAGAAAGCUUUUGAACACUAUCACAAGAUCCAGUAACACUCUGACAUCUGCUGCUAUGCCUGCUCUCAACGCUCGUCGCUCCAGUAACUUUUGUCUCGUGGGCUCCCACAAGAUCACCUUGGCCUCACUGGGACACAGCAAGUUCCCUCUGGAUAAGAUGAAACUUGAUGGCAAAAUCAGGAGACUGCUGGGAGAUGAAUUUCAGGAAAAGGUGCCUUUUCUCUCUCCUCUAGAGGGCAACAUCUACCUAAGACUGGACAGCCAGAGUCACUCUAAUGUGCAGCACCAAGGCUUCCUGACAAUGUUUGAGUUGGUCAGUGGAUAUGGUGUGUGGCAUCGCAGAUAUUUUGUCCUGGAGGGAUACAGCAUGCACUACUGGAACCAUCCUAAUGACAGAGAAACCAAGCAGGCAGAGGGCAGCAUCUCUCUGUCCAGCUCCCCCAGUCAGUGUGUCAGGCCUGUCAAGAGGGACUCAUGUGCUCGACCUUUCACCUUCGAGCUGGUGAGCAACCUUCCACAUCAGCAGCAGGACGACAGCCAGGAGGCAUUUGCCAAGUGCUGGUUUUCAGCCGACACCAAACAGGAGCGAUCGGACUGGAUGGAGAAACUCAACCAAGUUCUUUUGGACGUUCACACGUGGAACCGAGCAUCAGCGACCCAAACAGAAAGUCAGCAGUCAAACACAGGCAGUGGGAACUUGAGGGAGAGCAUACUGUAACUACAUCGCUAUGUGCUCAGAUGCAGUUGAAAUGAGUUGUGUCUGUCUGGGAUCCAUGGAGGCAUGUAGGGCUGGUAGAUUCUCAAUGUCAGUGCAGCAGGAGAUGAGCCUCUGUUUCACUGAUUAAACCAAACAGCCAAAUUCUAAACAUAAAACAAACAGGUAACAUGUGAUGUGUCUCAUGUUGAUAUAUUUUUGGGAGAUUCUUCUGUUUAAGUUUCUGUUUAUUUCUUUUUAUCUGAAUCCAAUCAUUUACUGUUGGUUUUCACUUUUAUUUGCCAAGUUACAGUUGUCAUUUAAAUCUUUUUAGUUUCUCUUUACUUUACGUUAUGUUUUUACUUUUCUUCUAUGGCAAUCAGCUGCUUCAGCCUUCAUUGGAACUGUUAUAUUGUCACUUUGAGUAGCUAAGAUGAAACUCCUCUUGUAGCUUAUAUAUUUUUGAAAUGAUGAAAGUAAUAUUGUAUGUUUGUAUCAUUUAAACUGGAAUGAUAGACACAUUUAUUUAGACACUAAUGAAUAUCGAAGGAGAAGGAAAUCUUUAAAUCUACUGAACUGAUUUAGGGUGAGAAUGUAUUUGAAAUGGCAGGGAACUAUUGAAGGAGUGCCAGUGUUGGAAUGGGAGCUUCUGUUAGUUAUUUAGGCACAGUAUCUAUUUCUGUCUAGUGAAGUAAUAGGUUUUUGAUCAGGGGCUCUAAGUUGAAGAUAACGUGGGUUUAUGUUCCAAUGAACCAAUCAAUAUUUGACUGUUUAUAACUCGAUCUCGAGUCUCAAUCUAUUCCUAUUGUCGGCACAAAGUGUCACUGGUGUCUUGGGGUUGUACUUUCUACUCAGUGCCCUUAAGAGUUUGCUCAUAUUCUUGAGUACAUGAUUUGUGUCACUGCACAUUUAAAGCUGUAUAUUUACAUUUGUAGACUUGUGUUAUAUACGUAAUACACCAGAUGAAGAGACGGGGUAAAAGAGGGGACUAUGGUGAUGCUGCUGCAAUGAAUGUGGUCUGUUCUGUCUGAUGUCCUGUUCUUUUCCAUGUAUUUCAACUGAUCAGUCUGUCGCUUUGUUAUAAAUGUUAUCAUGUCAACUCUCAUAUGCACUUAAUGGAAGGUACCAAUAAAAUGAAUGGAAUUCAAAGGCAACAAAAA